CCAUGGAGGUGGAACCCACAGUGUUCUGGGACCGGGUUGGGACAGUUGGGACAGUUGGGUGUCCCCAGUCCCUGCUGGGCACUGAACGGUAGGAUCCUGAGCCCCUGGCGAGGAGCUGACCCACCAUGGUGACACUGGUGGUAGGUGCCGAGUGCUACGACCUGGUGGCCACGGUCGGGAAGGGGACCUUUGGGCAGGUGACCCAGGGCCAGCGCAGGAGCACCGGGGAGAUGGUGGCCAUCAAGAUCCUGAGGAACCACGAUUACAAUGGCCAAACGGUGAGGAACGAGCUGAGGCUGCUCCAGGCCUUGCGGGAGGGGGACGCGGAAGAGUCGCACGUCGUCCGUUUCCUCGAGUCCUUCAGCGACACGGUCUGGACCUACCUGGUCUUCGAGCUGCUGCAGCAGAACCUCUUUGAUUUCCAAAAGCAGAACAACUUCUCGCCGCUGCCCGUCCGGCACAUCCGUACCAUCACGGCACAGGUGCUGGCGGCGCUGGUCAAGCUGAAGGAGCUCUCCAUCAUCCACGCUGACCUCAAGCCGGAGAACAUCAUGCUGGUGGACCACUCGCGCUACCCGUUCCGCAUCAAGCUCAUUGACUUCGGCUCGGCCAUCCUCCUCCCCGAGGUCUACCGUGUCCAGAAGCCCUACAUCCAAACCCGCUUCUACCGGGCACCGGAGAUCUUGCUGGGGUUGCCCUUCUGCGAGAAGGUGGAUGUCUGGUCUUUGGGCUGCGUGAUGGCCGAGCUUCACUUGGGUUGGCCGCUCUACCCCGGCAACAACGAGUACGACCAAGUGCGCUACAUCUGCUCCACCUUGGGACUGCCCCGGGCCGAGCUGCUCUGCGCUGCCCAGAAGACACAGUCCUUCUUCCGACAGGUCCCAUGUUCCAUCGGUACCUGGCAGCUCAAACCACCGGGGAAGGUGAUGGCAAAGCCAAUGGAGAGGAGGGUGCAUGUCUUUUCCUCGCUGGAUCAGUUAGCGGCAGUGAACCUCUGCCUGGUGUCUGAUCCCGACCAGGAGGAGCUGGCCAAGCGCUGUGACCUGUAUGCGAUGGUGGAGCUGGUCAAGAGGAUGCUCACCUGGGACUCGCGCGAGCGGAUCUCACCCAGCGCUGCCCUCCACCAUCCCUUCAUCUCCAUGCAGGAGGUGAAGUCCCGCUUUGAGGCCACCCACUACUACCAGCUCAGCCAGGAGGACCUGAGGGCAUCCCGUAAGGAUUCUAGCAGAGUCGAGAUCUUCCCUGGCACGGAGAAAGGUGCCUUCAUCCCCACUGGCCAGGGUGGCUUCCAGAAGGCCAUUGCCCAGACGGCUGGGGACACCAGCAGCAAGAACCAGCACGACAUCUGCCAAGCCCCCAUCCCCACGCACUGCAGCAGCCAGUGCCACCAGCAUCACUGGUAUCCCAAGACGGAGCCCACCAGCGGUCACUUGACUGUGCUGGGGUGUCCCAGCAGCAUGGGGUGGCACGGCCACUGCAACGGCCCAGCCGUCGGUGGCAUCGCGGAGCGGAACCUGCGUGAAAGACGGUACAGCUCAUCCCGUGCCAAGAGAGCUCUGGUGAUGCAGCGUGACCCCUGGAAGCCUUCAGGGAUGUGGAGAACAGGCUCCGGGAUGACGACAGAGUGUCCGGCACGCUUCUCCUGCCACAGAGCUGGGGACAUCCCCAGCACCACUGAGCCCCCAAGGCAACCCUGGCACACACCCCAGCAGCCCAGAGCUUGCAGAAGAUCUUCCUCGUCCUCAUCCCCAUGCACCCCGGCCACCAAAACCCAGCGCCUUGCUGGUGGAGACCACGGCCAGGGCUGCACCAGGACACCCUGUGCCAGAUGCUCCCGGCUCUGUUUCUCCCGUUGAUCCCCCAAUAA